CUGCCACUGACAGCACCACAGGACAUCUCCGCGUUGCAAUGCUUGAACCUCUCCUGCUGCUCCUCACCCUCCUCCCCGCCACUGCUCGUGCCCUCCUUCUCCCUGGCCGCCCUUCCGCGCCUCACAGAGCUGCACCUCAGGGGAAAUCGCCUCACUGCCUUUCCUGGAGGCUUUGAAUCUCUCCUCUCCCUGCGAGUUCUCAACCUCUCCCAGAAUCAAAUUGAAUCCAUACCCGUU